AUGAUACCACGCCUGCGAUGCACGAACGUGCGAUUCCAAAAGGAAAAGGAGACGAUACUGUCCGUUCUCCCUCAGGAGCCAUUGAUCAGAAUCGGGUUGCUCAGCGGCGGCAGCGGGCGAGAUCUUCGUCUUGUCUGCAAGGAGCUCGAGCCCGAGGCAACGAAGUACUUGUUCGGAGAGCGUACUGUUUGCUUGCAAGAGCGCAGCCUACAGAGACUAGUCAUGAUCUCUUCUCAGAGCGAUAAAUUCGGAAAGCAACGCUCGGAAAAUCGUCAUCGGACACAAACGGGUCUAGACAGUGUACAUGACGCCUAUAUUAUUCUUUCAUGGGAUGUUCCACGAAUCUGGCAACCGAAAGAUGAGUUCUGCGAACUUGCAUACUCCGAGUGA